AUGAACCAUGUUCUGAUAAAGACUGUUGAGCAAGCAGGGCUCUUAUCCGGCAUCGCUCUUCCGCAAAAUGCCUCUCCUUGUGCGGUACAGACGAACUAUGAGGCCCAUUUGCAGGAUGCAGAUAUCCCAGCGGGCGACAGCCAGUUACUAUUUUUAUCAGAACAAGAUCACUCUAUAGAUCCCAUGGGAUGGCUGAUGGGCUUGGACAUGACAACGUGGUCAACCAGUGACCUUGUUGGAGCCGAAAUGGUUAGCCCGGUCCAUGAUGUUUGCCGAUCCUUGUCAACGGCGGCCAGUGCAGAUUACCAUAGCUCUGAAGUCUCGGAGAGCUCCGGGGAUCCAACACCGAUUGACAUGCAGGAAUACGAUUUCGCGAUCGACAUGUUUGAUACGACAACAUGGCUAUCCGAUGGAAGGUUGGCAGAUUAA